GUUCAGCAAGAUGAGAGUUUGUUUUUUGGCUGCAUUGGUAAUAUUUUCCCUGUUGGCUCUUGGCCGCGGUGAGGACAUCAAAAGGAGUCACAGUGUUACGUGGGGAGCACGUGUUUUCAGGGACACACAUCUCGAGAGGGUUAUCAUUAAUGAAAAGUCGAAAUUUUUGCGUGUGGUGACACGUGAUUAUACUUUCAAGCAGCAGACCUUCUAUCGUAAAAUCACACAAAUUGUGAUUACGGAUCAGAACAAGAACGGCAAGGGGGGCUAUGCACAUCUGAAACAAGGUGGACCAGGUGCCACAUUUGCACAUAUUCAUUUCAAGAGUCAACGCAACAACGGAAUAAGUUUCAUUGUCGACAUUUAUGGUCUUUAAAUUUUGUUAAUUAACAAUGCCGUCAUAAUACCCAUUUUUAAUUACAAUUUACUUUACAUUUA